AUGUGGGGGAGCGGCGGGCCCCGGUUACGGCAGGGGCGGUGUUUUUCUCCCCCAUUUCUCCUCCACACGGGCACCCCACCUCACGCACCGACACCCCCACAUCCAGCAGGUCCUCACGCACCCAGAGCACGCGCCACGGCCCCGUCAGAAUGCACCCAAACCCACCCACAGGCUCCCAGAACCCCUCGGAACCGCGACCCACCUGGAGAGAGAAGCCGAGGGAAGAAGCAGAGAUUUAAACCCACGGCGUCCUGCGUGCCCGCGGCUCGGUCUGCGUCUGUGCGGCGUCGAUCCCAGGAGUUUGUCUCCGUUCGGGACGAGGACGAGGGAGGGCGCCCGGGUCCAGGUUUAGCGGAGGAAAGUGGGGGUAAAUCCAGUGGAAAAGCCGCGGUUACAGAGCGCUGCUGUGGCCCUCUCUCACACAGCCUGCUUCAGCCUGCUUCAGCUCGCUUUGCCCCAGCUCCGACUCUCACAGCCCCCCAGCGUGGACCAAACCACUGCGGGCACAAAACGGGGGGGAGGGGUCUCCAAAGAGCGGUACAGUAA